GAAGCUCUGAAUCGGAAAGGAAGCUUGAAAAACAAUAUUUUACUCUUUCAAGGGCGUUUGGAACACUCGCUGUGCCAGCAAUGUGCUAGAUGAAGUGAAGACUACAAAAAUGUACCAAAUUUUCUCUGCUUUCAAAGAACUGCCAGCCUAGCCAGGAGACCAAAAAAAGCAACGAGAGAGCAGUUAACGACACUCUUAAGAACUUUGAGGGCAGGUACUGUUUUGCUCACAGGUUUUAUAUUCCCAGUGCCUAUCUCAAUGCCUGGCUCAGGGUGGAAAAAAUAAAUAUGGGAUGGAUGGAUGGAUGGAUGGGAAGGAAAACAGCAUGAUCCUGGUAUAGGAGACCAAAGAAGAAAAGACUAAUGUGGACUGAAGUGAUUAGAUGACUUCAGGACUUAAGAAAGGGCUGGAGUAAAUGGAGUGAAACAGAUGACCAGGGGAACACCAGCUCUUUGAAAAGAGCCAUGGCUCCAAAACCUCAGAGAAAGAAGCCCCUGAAACGCGGCAAAACCAAACCAACGUUGCCUGUUAGAGAAGAAGAAGAACCUUUAAAUAUGGAGAGCAUGGGUCAUCCAGAAAUUUAUCCUUUAGUAUUAACUACCAUGACCCAGGAAAUAUUUGAUUGUCGAGUCGAUGAAGAUGUCACAGAUGACCAACCUUAUAAACUUAUCAGAAAAGAAGAUAUUUUGGCAGACUUUGAAAACAGAGCUGCAGUAUCUGAUUUCUACCCAGUCAAAAAAAUUGUUCAGGAAUAUCCUGGAGAUGAGCUUCUGCUUGUUUAUGACAAGGAUUUCAAAUAUGGACUUAACUUUUACCUUAUUGGAACUGAAGAGGGCAAGGAAAGCUAUCUAAACCCCCCAGAAGCACCAGAAGAACAGGAAGAAUAUAAAGAAUAUAUUCCUGAAGAUAUAUAUAUUUAUAAGCCACCUGUCUCUAAACCAUGGGUUUCUUUGGGCAGUGAAAAAGAAAUUGAAGAAGAAUCAGUUAAGGAAUCCACAAAGCAGACGAAGGAUCACUGCCUUAGGUGGAUGUUCUGGAAGGUCACCUACAUGAUUUCUCGGAAACGAAGUGAUUUUGGUGCCUCAGUUAAGUUCAGUGACCAGAAUGCUUCCACUGUAAAAGAUGCCUAUAUUGAAUGCACAGCCUACCCAGAUAAAAAUUUUACCCUUAAGCAACUCGAGAGAGAUGUUGGCAUGCAAGCAGUCCCCCAAAUCAGGGACACAAGUACGCAGACGAGAUGGGCAUAUCCCAAAAAUGCUACUACACAAUAUUAUCCAAGAGAGUUUUCAGAAGAAGAAAAAGACACACUGGGACAAUCGAAGACUCUGACUGAGUUUCUUAACAACGUGUCCAUAAGUGUUGAAAUAGCCCUGCAGCAAAAUGAAAUCAUGAAUACAUUUGUGGACGACUGGAAAAGCCUGGCGGAAGAAGAAGGCACAUUUGGGGACAAGACUGACACCCACCUGAAAGAAUACCAGUCCUUCACGGACCUGCACAACCUGGCAGAGAAGAUGAUCACCUGCAUCUGCUGGCAUCCGGUUGUCUGCGGGCUAAUAGCUGUGUCGGUGGCUGUUCGACUCUCCUUUGAAGAAAGAGUCCACUUUUCUGGUAAAUUAUUGCUGCAGCCAUCGCUGAUUCUUUUCUGGAGUUUCUCCGAUCCCAUACAUCCUCAGCUAAUGCUGGAGAGCCCGGAUGACAUCUUCUGCUUCAAGUUCUGUCCGAGUGACCCUAAUAUCAUUGCUGGAGGCUGCAUGAAUGGGCAGAUUGUCAUGUGGGAUAUUACCGCACACGCAGAUCGAAUAGAAAACAUCAAGGCAGGUGGUAACAGAAGUAAGAAAGUCACACUCAAGCCUAUGUUUCUCCUUGAACCAGACAGCAACAAAGAGGCGAUGUAUAUCAGGCAGUGUGCCGUCUCCUCGAUAGAAAACGGCCAUAGGAAAGUAAUUACAGAUAUUCACUGGCUGCCUGACACAUUUGAGAUUAACAGAUUGGGUUCCGUCUUUGAAAAUCGGAGUGGAAUAUCCUGUCAACUUGUCACUUGCUCGGCAGAUUGCACAAUAUGCUUUUGGGAUAUCAGACCACAGAAAGCUUUAAGCUCCCAACCACCAGCAGAGAAAAAGAAAGAAGAAAGUAUUGAAAUUCCCUUUGACCUGCCAUCCACUUUUCUGCAUCUAGAUCUCUCCUGGAAGCCUCUCUCUAAGAUAAGGCUGUCUAAAGGUGAAACAACUUUAGACCACUGCCCAACCAAGUUAAGCCUGGGGGAGGACAAUCUCCUUUACAAAGCACAAGACAAAAUAUUAGCCCAGAGCAAAGCAGUGAAGGCAGGAGAAAUGAACCCGUACCAGAAUCUGGAAGGCGGGUUAGCCAAUCAUCUCAAGCCAAUAGACGACUUCUGCACCAAGUUCUUUGUGGGGACAGAGGAAGGUGAAGUGAUAUACACAGACUGGAAAAUGGAAAGAGACCCUGAAACUGGCCGACUGAUGACAAAGAAGCCCGUGAGCCUCUACUCGGUCCACGACGGAGCUGUCCACACGGUGCAGAGGUCCCCUUUUUACGAGGACAUCAUCCUCACCAUUGGGGGCUGGAACGUGGCCAUCUGGAAAGAGGGCGUUACGACUGGACCCCUCCUGCAGUCAUCCUGUGCCCCGAAAAGGUACACCUCGGGGCACUGGUCCCUGACAAGGCCCGGGCUCUUCUACGUUGGCCGAGAAGACGGAUCCAUCGACAUCUGGGACCUUCUGGAGAAAACCCACGAACCAGCCCAGUCGCAAAACAUCUGCAUAACCGCCAUCACCUGCGUCAAACCCUGGGCCUUUUCUGCUAAGCAGCAGCUGAUAGCCAUAGCCGAUUACUAUGGAACGCUGCACAUACUGGAAAUUCCGUGGACAUUAAGUCACCCUUCCAGCAAUGAGGCAUCAAGUAUAAGCCACUACUUUGAAAGAGAAGUCAAGCACCUGGAAUAUGUAGAACAGCGCAAAAAAAUUCGUGAACAGGAAAAGAAAGAAAUGGAUUUGGAAUUGGAGAAGAAAAAAAUUAAAACAUAUCAGAAGUCAAAAGAACGAUUGGAGACGGAAUUGAAAGCAGACUAUGACGAUUACUUGGAGCUGGAAAAGAGCACCCUCGUCCGCCUCGGGCUUAUCAAAGUGGAGGAAACCGGGUCGCACGUGGAAAUGAUGUAGGAGACCCUGCGGGAGCCGUGUUUGGGGUUUCGCGGGGCCUUCUUUUUCUUCAUCAUUGUUUAUGUGAGGUGGACUAGCAAACAUGAAAAAGGUUUGCGUUCACAUAUUAAGCUUUCAUUUUACUGCUAUUAAAGCUUCUGAAUUAAACAAUAA